CCAUCCCCUGGGUACCGGCUUCCCACCCCCAGCCCUCCGGCUCAAGCACAGAGGCCUGACUGUGGAGCCCUCAGCCCCACCCUCACCCUUAAACCGGAGAACUUCCAACACUGCAGCUCCUCAAGAAUUGAAGAGCAGGAAAGCUGGUGGCCGGAGGGAGGCCAGGGGAAGGGAGGAGGAAGGGCCACAGUCCCAGCUGUCUGUCCAGCCUUAGUCCCUGUCACUUAAAGGUUGGUGAAAUUAAUGAGGCAAAUGGCCCCUCUAGGAGAAUUUGCCAAGUCCAUGGCUUUUCUCGGUUUUACUCACGGGCUCUGCUACCUCAGCUAUCUGGAAAGGAGGGAGAGCACUUCCGCAGAAGCCUCUGGAAUGUCAGCUUCCGGGAACCUUGCUGAGGUCAGGAGCGGGGAGGAAGCCGCUUACCGGGAAACACUGGAUUACCCUACCCGCCUUGCUGUGGCUGCUUCAGGGCAGCCGUUUCUGCGGAUCUCAGCGGCAGGUGGCAUCGGAGAGUCAGACCUGCCUGCGGGCAUCAGAGAGGACACUCAGGGUCGGGAGAGAGGGACAAGUCGCAGAAACGUGAGGAAGUGCCACUUGCAGCCCAGAGGAGAGGAAGGAAACCCCCAAGAAUCAGGUUCCCGAGCCUGCGCCCGCUCCCAGCCUUGGCCCCCGCGCUCUGGGCUGCGUCCCAGGAGCCGCCAGCACCUCGGAGCAGCCCGGACCGGAAGGGGGCGGAGGCGAGAGUGCGGUUCCCGGGCGAACGGCUCGUCGCGUGCCCGGGGCCUCGGGCCGCGCGCCUCUCCGAGUCCUGCGCGGGGCCCUCGCGCGGGAAUGCGCGGAGCCGGGACGCGGUGGCGGGUAGGGGGCCGGGUGGCGCGGGAGAGGGCGGCAGAAGGAGGGAGUUCGAAGAGAGUUACCGCCAGAGAGAGUGGCAAGAGCCCGCGGUCUCCUUGGAGACGGGCUGACCAAUGGCAGCAGCGGAAGCUGUUUAUGGGGGCGGAGCGUCGCCAUAGCAGCAGGAGAAGCCUUUGGAGCGGCUACUUAAUGCCGGUCCUGGGGCCGCUGUCGCUCAGAGAGGCGCCGUCGGGAGGGGGGGUGACGAGGGGCGCUAGCGGGGCCCUCGAGCUGAAGGCAGAGAGCCGUGGGGGGUGGGAGAAACUUCUUCCAGAACCUUCCUUUGGCCCAGGCUGCGCUCUGAGCCAGACCUUGGCCCUAAAAGAUCCUCUCCAGCUGCGGGGACGACUUUAGAGGAGGCUCCUCCCUCGCACACACUCUCCCCUCGCGAGUGGGGAAAGAGUGUUCAGCCCCCCCGCUGCGGUCCCCGCAGGCACCACAUU